UUGACAGAGCAGGAUAGAGAUAAUCUCCGUGCUCACAGUCUCCGCAUCAAGAGUCAUAUGCCACGUGCAAUGUUCAACAAACUGUGCGAGAAGUUCAGUCACAAAAUGGACAUUGACUCUGAGUAUAAGAUGCUCAAGCGUUUCGAAGGACUCACUACCAUCACGCCCAUGAAAACAGAUUGCUGCAUCAACUCCUGCAUUGCAUAUACUGCAAGGUACAGUCACAGUGAUCUGUGUGACUUCUGCGGAGAAAGACAUUUUGAUGCUCAAGGGGAGCCAAGACGACAAUUUUCCUACAUUCCCCUGGUCCCUCAAUUGCAGGGUCUGUUUGCCCAGGAAGAUACAGUCGAAAAACUCUUAUACCACCAUCAAUAUGACCACAGCCCCAGUACUGUCAACAAUGUCUUUGAUGGUGAGAUCUACCGGUCUCUCCAGGACAAGUUUGUGCUGGUCAAUGGUGUUCAGAAAGACUAUAAGUACUUCUCUGGACAAAACGAUAUUGCAUUUUCUUUGGCGACUGACGGAUAUCUACUGUUUGGACGAUAUUGCAAG